AUGGAAUACUCUCAGCAGCCUAUUUCACUAUCCUCUAGAAUGUCUUCAGUGGUUAUUGCUCUUCUGGACGAUAGAGGUGGAUCUGGACCUGUCUCCUCUCUGGUUCUUAGCAUGGCUAUUCAGAUCAGCGUUGCAGAGGUUUCAUCCUCCCUUCAUAUCUUCAUGACUGGAUAUUCAUCUUCUCACUGA